CUGUAUGUACGAUUGUAUGUGAGAUUUCGUGACAGACGUACCAAUGACAAUCUAUAAUUCGCGUCCAACGAUCAACGACGCGCUGACAAUGAGAUAUAAUUAAACAGCAUGCCUUUUUCGCGUACGAUCAUUCGAUCGCUUCCCAGCAAGAAAUGGGAGAGUCCGCGACAGAAUUAUGUGAGAUGUCCUUGCGUAUAUGAGUGUCUCGGACAUUUAUGCACGCGACUCGAUCAAACGUGGCGUCGCAUCGCGUGAACCUGUUGGACAACGGUUUUGUGUACAUUUACAGCUGACUGGACUAUCAGCUGACUGCGCGCGACGGAAUCGCCGCGUAGCGCGACACGCUGCCGCGCGCGCGCGCGCGCGCGUGCUCCGCUACCUUCGUCAUCUCCCUGUUGCACGUUUUCCUUUCUCCGCAAUACUAAAAAAUGUCUUCUUUCUCGAAACUUAUUUCAAAGAAUAUUUACGAUAUUCGCAUUUGCAGACUCGUAUCGUCCUGAAUUGAAUUUUCUGCAAUCUUUCUUUGACAUUAUUACGGAUACCUAUCGAAAUGCCACGCCUUUUUAUUCCCGCUUUUUCUUAUCUUCUUCAACAAUUUUCCUUGUUGUUGAUAUUUUUUUCCAAAUUAUUCGAUUACAUACCUCAUCGGAAUCUGCGUUUAUUCCAAAAUUAUCACAUUUAUUAUAGGAAACUUUAAUGGAUUGUCAGUUCACAUCUUUUAUCAUUCUCUAGAUAUAUUUUCCGAUUCCGAAGAUUCCAAUUUAGAUCGAAAUUGAUAAUUUGUGAUUGGAGCCCAAAAAAUUUCCCGUGUACAUUCGACCGUCUUCUUUACCUUAUUCCUACGUCGUAAUCAGUGUUUUGUGACAACGUUUGCGACGAGGGCAAUGGCUUUCGCCCAUUCGAUCUUCGUUUGUAAUGUAGCUAAUGCGGGGUGAAGGGGUUACGACUCGGGUAAAUUCUCUUGUAUAGAAGGCAGUUUAUAAAUAACUUAGGGGGCUUUGCCCCCUACUUCGGCCCUCGGCCGUCAACCCCUCGGCUCACUUCUCUUUGAUUCGCCUGAAGCUUGUUCAGUAGGAAUCGGUUUUUCUUCAAAAGCAAUGAGUCUUCAAUAAUUUGUGGCAUCGAUUUUUAUGUUCCAUAAGAAACAAUUGAUUUUGUGGAUCACAUUGAAAAUUGAUCAUAUUACAUAGACUGUUCAAUAAAACUUGAUAUAUCUGAAAAAGGGGAUUGAUUGUGAGAAAGGGAUUUGCGAAUGGAGCAAAAUUUUUUUUUUUUUUUUUUACAAGUUUUUAGUCGAUUUAAGCCGGACGAAACUCAAGUUUUGUCUCGUGGUGACAAGCUGUCGAGGCGAUCACGCGUACUUGCUCGAUAAGAGCAAAAAAGACGCCGCAUUGCGUCUACAAUAAGUAGCAAUGACCUUGACUAGUGUAUUGACUCGAAAGUCCCGGUCUCCCUUUGUUCUCGGACAUCCGUUAGAAAACCCGUUCCCAUACGUUCUCGUUCUUUUCUUCGCUGAGCCAGUCGCAAGUGCGGAUAGGAUCGAAUUUAAUACGUGCUCACGAAUCCGAGCGAAUUCCGAUACUCGACUCCGACACUUCCGCUCAAUGGAAUUGGAUUACCGCUUAGGCGCUUACAAAAACUGCUAUACUUAUUCGCUUGUAAUCUAAAAGAGCUUCAAACACGAAGAAGAUGGACGAAGUUUGCGAUAUUCGAAGAUGUACAUACUCGCGAUUACUCCAAUGUCAGGAAGAAUCGAAUCUCCGCGAGGUCAUCGCGGAAUCAGUUUCGAUUAGCGGGUGUCCCCGAACCGGCGCUGUCUGAACCAGCUCAACAGCUGAUCGGAGCACGAAGCGGUGGUGAACGGGGCUACUAUCGCACCACCACCCCGCGUUUCGGAGAAAUUCAGUCUCGUGUCCUCUAGGUAAAAUAUAAAGGAAACCCGUAAAUCUCUUGGCGAAGAAAGAGAUCUGUAUCCUUACACCUGCCAAGAGAAUAGGAGAAUAGCAAGCAAGGGCGAAGUGUGUUUUCGCUCGCUUGGACACGCCAUCAUGGUGAAAACUUUUCAAGCGUACCUACCUUCCUGUCACCGCACUUACUCGUGCAUUCACUGCCGUGCUCAUCUCGCCAAUCACGACGAACUCAUCUCUAAGUCCUUCCAGGGCAGUCAAGGUCGUGCCUAUCUCUUUAAUUCUGUGGUGAACGUAGGCUGCGGUCCCGCGGAGGAGCGAGUUCUGUUAACUGGAUUGCACGCUGUCGCGGAUAUUUAUUGCGAGUGCUGCAAAACCACCUUAGGAUGGAAAUAUGAGCAUGCGUUCGAGUCAAGUCAGAAAUAUAAGGAAGGAAAAUUUAUAAUCGAACUUGCCCACAUGAUCAAGGAGAAUGGAUGGGAAUGAAAAGCAAAGGGGAAUAGAAGAGUUCCCUGUGCCUCUCAUCAAACUUUUCCUGAUAAUGCCUACAGCGUUGUUCUAAUUGCAAUGUACGGCCCCUCUCUAUUCGAACCACCAACGAAAGUCUGUGAUUUCAUUUGUGAUUUAUAAUCUUAGUAAUCUUCGUUUCGGACAAUUCAAACACAACAUCGGUUUGCUUCUGAUCAAAUCGAACAAGCGAAGGUAUCACGGCGAUCUGUAUUCGUCGAUGGACACAUCACCAAGUAUUGUAAAGAAAUUAUUUUUCAAUGGAAGAAAAAAGUAGAAUAAGAUGACGAUGUCAAGUAAUGGUGGAACAUGACGAUGAAGGUGCCAUGGUGGAAAUAGAAAAGCGAGAUUGCUCGGUACGAGCAGUGGGGUGCCCCUCCUCCCUAAUUUUGAUUCAUUAUCUUUGUAGACAUUGCGUGCAGUCGUGUGUCGACACUGAAUGUUAGAAAUUAAACGUGCGGGGCACCCCGACAAUCAGUUUUAUCCGUUUUACGCACCGGAACAGCGGAAGUGCCACAGACUUUGCCGGACUGAUUGCCUGCCUGCCGCGUCUGUCAUUGGAAUUUCACUGCCGAUAUUCCUAAUAUUAAUUAAGAAUGCUGCGUCGUAUUUAGACACGGCGUAGUGGUAGUCCUAGUUUAGCAUACAUUAUAGAGUACUAAAGCCUAUAUUAUAUAAUUAUAGGACUUCGUGGAUGUAGAACAUAGGAAUGAAUAAAAGUAAUGGAGGCAAGAAGAGCAGAAAAAAAGAGAAAAUUUGAGCGAGUGAGUGUGUGUGUAUGUGAGUGAGACAGAGAGAGAGAGAGAGAGAAAGAGAGAGGGGGGGAAGAGGAUGUAAAAAAAGUCUGGUUAAGUGUCACGUGUACAUGUUUGGUUUUAUGUUCAUCGUGCCUGCCAAAUUGUCUGUUUAUCUGCCAGUUGCCACUGUUAUUACAGUAGUAUCAUGUUGUAAUACGUUUACGUUUUCAUCGGCUGAAUAGGGAUGUGUGUGAUUGAAGUUUUCGUUGUGAAGUUGUCUUGAAACUGCGCCUUCCUAUGCACGCAACAUAGAAAAGGAUAAUUGUGCUCGUUUUCUUGAAUAGCUCGAUCUCGUUCAUAAAUAUUUUAUAAGAUCCAACUGUAUUUACGGUUUGUUAGUAAUGACAAUCGCGAUCCCGUAAAACGAUGAUUUCACUGAAGAUUGAAUUUUAUCACCGAGUUUUCAAUUACACAAGUUGGCAAUCGAAUGUCCAUAAUAAAGUUAUCGCUUCUUAUACUACAUUAAUGCAUUUUUCGUGCGAUGUAGCCUUUGCGUGAGAAAUUUUCCCUCGGAAUAUCAUUAUAGAGGCUGAUUAUAUACAAUUGUAUCAUUUGCGCUGUAUUCCUUAAUGAGAGCUCUUCCAUUGCUAUCUUCUUGUUACGAUUAUCAAGACGAUCGUUAAAUAAAAUUCAUAGAAUUUACUGUGGGUGCACUUAUUAGAAAAUCAAACGAAUACAAGUUGCGUCUGUGCGUGAUACUUAACGAUCGAACUGAUAACUCGUAUAAAUUGUUAUUUAAUGACAUUAAUUGAAGUCAAUUCUAAUUUGUGAUAUUGAUCGACGUUUUAAAAAAUCGUUUCUACUUUAUGCGCGUAUUAUUACAUUAACAGGAAGAUAGCUUUAUUGUGUUUAUUGCAUUAAGCGAUAUCCUGUUUAUAUUGUAUAAAAUAUUUUAAAUGAUCAGUGACCUUUGUUUGCACUGUUUUCCACUAGGAAAUUAUAUGUAGACAAAUCAUACAUUUAACUUUCGAAUGCAUACAUAUGAAAGUGCAGUGUAUUUGUGCAACAUAUGCAGAAAAAUGUUUGCCUAUCUAUCUGUUCGAAAGAUUGACCGACUGACCGACCGAUUGAUUGACUGGAUCGACCGAAUGAACGGACGAAUGAAUGAGUGAAUGAUUGUGUCGGCCUAAUAUUCACGCUGUCACUCAAAGAGUACUUUUUAUAUUAAUGUGCCGAUAUCCUUAUCCGCACUCACCUUUUCGGAACCCUUAAAACGUAUCUCUCAACACUAACUCUGUAGUCUUCAGCCUCCACAACUUCCACCAUCACAAGAUUUUGCUUUGUAAAACGUGUUCUUAAUAAAAGGAAAAAAAGAAUACACAAAGUAUUGAAG